AUGCCGACCUCCUAUCUUCACCCCAUGAAUAAGAGCAAGCUGGAGUUCGCCCUAACAAGGCGGGGAUUAGGGUCCUCUUACGGCUAUAUCCCUAUCAUCCAAGAGCAAGGCGUCAUCGACGUCGAUAUCCGUUUCAGAGACGGGCGCAUGCAUCCCUCAUGGCAAGACGUCGUGGGUCAUUUGGAAAUGUGGCCGCACGCCGACCUGAACGUCGCCAUCUGGAGAUGGAAUGACGACGGAAGGGACGCAGAGACUAGUCUACUGACCAACUCGCGUUUAGUACCGAACUACUGGGAGUAUCUCGUCAACCUCUCAGGAUACAUGCACAAAUGGCGGUCCCUCCGCGUCCAUGCGACGUUGUUUAGUAUGUUGGCGGAAGCUUGCAUCAAGCAGCAGAUCUUCCCACCCGCGCCAGUCAAGCUGCAAAGUCUUGCCAUCCAGGACGUCGGGAUCGUCAAGAACCAAGACCCCAUUGCAUUGUACCUCCGCCAGAUUUCCGAACACGCCCCUUUGCUUCACGAAUUCCACCUCAAAGAUGAAGCUUCGUAUCAACUUCCCCUCUCUCAUACCCUCAUGCACUUCCGAUUCGGCCAUAUCCAGGAUAUCAGGAUUGACUGCUCUGCUGGCGCCUUGGAUAUUUAUACCGUCAUGCGAAGCACGCCGCGCCUCCGGAAAGCUGUCUUCACCCAGGUCUCCAUCCCUGCGGCUCGCGAUCUCCCUCCCAUAACUUGCAGCGCACUUGAGACGCUCAAAAUCGUCGCCGAGCAACACGACUUCUGCGCUGGCCUCCACUACAACGUCGUAUGGAUGCUUUUAGGUUGUCUCACCACUCCGCGGCUCAGGAAGCUGCGGAUCGGGUUCGAAACGAGGCGCCUGGUCAAGUGCUUCCAUGAUUUUCUAGCACGCUCGCGGCCCCCGCUGAACAUCCUGGAGCUGAUCAAAGUCGAUUUAGCGCCGAAGGAUUUCAAGCUAAUUUUGCAGGCCUGUCCUUACGUCACCGAGCUCGCUUUGGUUUCUUUGGAGGACAAACUAACGUUUAGCAAUGAAUUGAUCAAGGCCCUCGAGGAAACCGUCGGGAUUCUCCCGGUACGGUCCGUUUUGCUCUGUCCGAACCUUCAUACCAUCUCGUUCAACGGAUACGGCAUCGAAAGUUUCACAAGGUUGAGGCGGAUGCUACGCCAUCGGAUAGAGGAGAAGAGCCCUCUCCAAACCAUACGACUUGUUUGCCCGAUAUCCAGAGGUUCCACACCCGACGAAAAUUCGUCCGGACUGCAUCCCGAAGAAAUAGCGGAACUCAAGUACUUUAUUACCACCCAUCGGCUGGGGCUUGUUCUCAUGGACGGAGAUAAGUUUGAAUAUUCUUAA